GCCAGACAGGGACACAGUCUGCCCCAGCUAAACUUCGUGAGGUCGGUCAUCCUGACAGACUCCUGGACUAGUAGUGGCUGCGAAAUGGGCGCUGAGACCCCUGUUGAGAGUCUGGCUGCACCCCUAAACAGGCUUAGGGAAGGCCGUGGCAGCCGAGGGGCAAGCUCUGACUGGAGCACUGCGCUGCUGGACAAACCCCUUUGGGCCUUCUAGGCAUGAACCUGAGGCAGUUUGCAGGGCCCAACGGGCAUCGAGGGCCUGGGUCUGGGUCAGGAAGGUCUGGUUUUGCCAACGACGAAAGCCACCCGCUCACUAACUGCGCACCUCAAACGGCCCAAACGGACGCCCCAGUCUUCCGGGAGUUUAGUCUCUGGUGUGUCUUGCAUCUGUGUCUGCCAGUGUGUCUGUGCAGUGUCCACUACGACUGUUCAACUGUUAGAGCGCCAUUUCCAGUCCCUCCUCCUCCUCCCUCCUCUGCUGACACCCCCCGUGACCCGGAUCUGGUUCGAUUCAUUCAUUUGUUCCAGCUGCCAAUUCUCGACUCCUGGCUGUCUCGUCUCUCCGUCUCUGCCACACUUCCCGCCCGCCUUUUCUCCUUGGUCCUCUUCUCCCUCGGACAGGAGACAAAAGUCCAGUCAAUACCAGGCCGGCCCUCAAAGGACGACCUAGCCGCUCUUUGCUCUCACAUCCCGUGCUAUCGACUACAUUUGCUUCCCGCCCUUCACAGGCGCCUAGCCUCUGCGUCGCUUCUCUCCCUCGCUCGCUCCGAACCAGAUCACUCUACUCAAGCGCUGCCGCUGCCGUGCUAGCCAGCCGCCAUUCGUUUGGUCGACUUGCUCUCUUCCACCGGCACCACUCUGCAAUCGGCUUCAAUCAAGUGGGAAGUGAGCCGUGUCACUGUUGUCAAGAAUAAGAGCAGGUUGAAUACCUUGUGGACCCUCCGUGUGUGCGACAUCAACCGGCGUCGUCCCUUACAGUGCACUCGUCAUCGAGAACGACAACAUCCACUGUCAUGUCUACCGCUGUAGCAUCUGCUGCGGUCCCUCCGCUGCCGCCCCUUGACCGAAAUCCGAGUCCGCGAAGUUAUCCUUCUUUGGCGCCUACUGCCUCUGCCAGUGCGCCUGCGAAGGAGAGGCCUUCCGACGUGGCUGCGUCGCCUCCAGAGACGGCUGGCCCAAAUAAUGCGAGCGAGAAAACCCCUUCGGAUGGGAAAAAGUCUCCGAAAUCAGUCAGGAGUUCGGGCAAUCCCAAGAUCAUUGUCAAGAAGGAGCCUCCUUCGUCACCCUCGCUUCAAGCCAGCACUCGGCAUAGACCUAAAAAGUUAGAUUUGAACACAAACACUGCGGCUUUUUCGGCGGGUGUUAACUCUCGCCCCUCAGCGACACCAUUGACCGCAAGAGACGGUUUGGUAAUGCGUGAUGUUGGCUUGGCCUGCUUGUCGCCAGGCUUUCAAACGGAAGAUCCUGCUAUGAGAGAGCAACUGGAGCGCAGUAUUUCGGUUCGGGAUCAACAACGAUCCAUCAUCCAGGCAAGACUACUGAAAUCUGCCCGCGGCGACGGACCCGAUUCUGGAAAAGCGCUCGAGCCGGCCACUUCGGCAACCAAGUCCACCACUUCAGCCCAUGCGAAGAAACGACCCCCUCCAGGUUUAUCGAUUGUCCCGCCUCCCGCGGAGCGCUUUGCCAAUGAACGGGUCAUCCAAUCAGCACCGUUGAACCAGACCUUCACUGGUCGACAUGAAGCUCAACCCCCAUCACGACAUGUGAAUAAUCAACAGUCCAACUUGUCUCAGAGUUCACAUAUACAUCAUGUUCCGGCGAUCCAGACUAACAACCGCCUUCCUCCCAUCACCGACGUUUUUGGUGCCAGUGAACUCAACCCAGGCCCCGCUCGGCCGCCUUUCCAACAUACGAACUCGGCCCCUUCUCACGCCCACGGGCCACCUCUGCCAUCUCCUGGAUUCCCACCUCAGACUGCUCAUCCUAUGUCACAACCUGCACCGCCACCUUUUGAUCGGUCUCGUGAAUAUAGAUCGGCCGAAGAGGCUGUGCAUGAGAUGACUGGUGGGCGAGAGGAGUUAUUGCCCAAGCUUGUCCACUAUGGAGGCCACCAACCGCCAACUCCACCCUCGCCUCACUCUGCUCAUAAAGAACAUAAUCUUAACCCACAUCAAUAUCAGCCUAACAAUUAUCCCACCAGCAAGAGGAGAAGGAAUGAGUACGAGGAAGGAAGCAGCCCGCCCUUGGGCAGCGGACGGGAACGGAUUCCUUAUAAUGGACAUGGGCCUUUUGGCGAAGGCAGGGAUAGUCCGGCUACGCAGAAAGCGAAAAAGGAGGAAUUCUUGAGUUUGUGUUCGCGGGCUUGGGAUCUGUUCCACUCUUAGGUUUUGCAGCUGGUGCGAAUGGCAGAGUAUGAUCUAUAUGGAUCUCGAUGUGUCAACGAUUCUAACCGCGCGGAUUGGAUGCGCACGGGUCUAAUGAAGGCGACUGCUUCUCACCUCGAGCUGAGGUGGGAAAUGUUUUUGGAUGAAAUGAAUGUCUUUUCGGGGGCACGGUGGGCGGAGUGAUGUCGAUUGAUUGAAUGAUUUGUUGCCGACUUUUCUUGGUCGUGGGACUUUCAAGCACGGUAACCAGGGAGUAAUGACCAACAGGACUGGCUGGGCUGGAUCUCCAUGUUUUUUGUUCUGUUUUUCUUUUGAUCGCCACCAGGAAGUGAGUGGCACGUACCGGUCUGCUGCGCGGGACGAGAAAAAGGUAGCAUAGUUGGUAAGGAAUGAAAGGCUAUAACUCCAGGAUGAUAGCUCUGCAGUAUACCUACCUAAGGCACUGCUAUUGCGAUGUUGGUGUCCUAUGUCGCUUGCAAAACGGGUCGAUGAUUACGGAAGUUGUUGGAUUUGAUCAAACCAUUACUAGUAUCGGUGGGUCCAGUAGGAGAAGAGGGCGAUGUACCUAUUUACCUAGGUGCGUAGUCAUUAGGAUUAUACAAUGUAGUACCACUAAUAAGAAACGUCGUACCUACCUAGGUGAUGAUAAAAUAGACAUACAUAUUGUGAGAUACUAGUAUAUACAUUGUAUAGCG